CCCAGAAGGCACUGUCAAGGAGCCCAGCGAGCAGGAACUGGCGUCGGCCCCCGCCACUGGACAUGGCUUUCCUAGCCGGGUGCUUUGGGUGCCGGGCCUCCAGAUCGGUGGCCCUAUUGAGUGGCAGGUAUCUCCAGUCCAGGGUCUGGAUGGGGCUCCCGGACGCCUGGCCCCUCCUCUCCCUGCAGCAGGCUCGGGGCCGCGCGCGCGGAAACGAGUAUCAGCCGAGUAACAUCAAGCGCAAGCACAAGCACGGCUGGGUCCGCAGGCUGAGCACGCCGGCCGGCGUGCAGGUCAUCCUCCGCCGCAUGCUGAAGGGCCGCAAGUCCCUGAGCCACUGAGGAGCGCCACACCGCGGGGAAUAGACUCAGACGCCGGUAGAGUUGCCGAGGGCGAGAAGUUGGGGCCUGCUGAAAGUGGUGGUCUGUCCCUACUUAGGGUUUUAGACGCUUCCCCCGUCGACGGCUGCUUACCACGGGCUCAUCGGUUUCUGUGAAUACAUUUGAAGGCGUCUUUGCGAGACAGGCUCAUUAAAACACCGACACCACCCCUACGUUUCCAGCCAUUCCAAAGUAUUACCAACUUGCUAAUAAAUAUUCACGUUUCUUGAA